AUGAGGAGAUAUAAAAAGUAUAUAUAUAUUAAAUAAAAAAAUUAAUUUUUUUUAAAAAAAAUAAAGUUUAUAAUACCAAAUGAACUUGAAAAAAAAGGAAAAGCUAAUUAUUAAGAAAUAAACAAUAUUUUAUCAAGAUAUCCAUUUAAUGUAAGUUCAUAAUAAGAUUUAUAAAAUUUAUCUCGAUUUUUAGUUGAGGCAGAUGUUUAAACAGAAGAAAUUAUAUAUAAUUCAAAAAAAGAAUGUGAUGUAAAUAUAAUAAAGGAAGCAUUUUUAAGUUUUAUAUAAGUAUAUGAUAUACAUUCAUUAGAUAUUAAUUACAUUGAUUAUGAAAAUGAAAUAUUUUAUUUAUUAAAAACAAAAGGAGAAGCAUUAAAGAAAUAUUUAGAGAAUGCAUCUUUUGAUAAAGUACAUAUUGGAUUUUAAACUAUUGAUUAAGUGUUUUAAUAAUUUUCUAUUGAAAUUAGUUUCGAAGCUAUGGAUUUACUAAUUGCAAGAUUAUUUGAAAGAUCAGGUGAGAAUUUGUAGAAAUUAAUUAUUCAAGACUUUUUUAAUAUUUUUUAUUUCGAUAAAAUUUCUAAAGAUAGAGCUUCUACAAUUUAAGAAAAGGAAAAUGAAGAAAGUUAUGAUUAAGAUUUUGAAAAUAAUUCUAAAGAAAUAUUUGAUUAAGUAAUUGAAUAAUAACAAAAUAUUCCGGAAAGAAAUCUAGUAGUUUCAUAAUAAGGAUAAAGGAAUACAAAAUCUAAUUCUUAAACUAGAAAUGAAUAACAUAAUAAAUAAAAUGAAUAAUAAAAAUCUUGUUUUGAAAAUAAAAAUGAAAAAUAAUAUGAAUCUAGAAAAGAUUCAAGAAAGGAAAACUAAAAAGAUGAUGUAAAAAAAUCAAAAAACUAAAUCGAGAAAGUCAAAAAAGAAGAGUUGUAAAAAAUAUAAAGAGAAAAAAUUGAAUUUGAAUAAAAAUAAAAAGAAGAAUUGGAAAUAUUGAAAAAAUAAGAAUUAGAAAAAUUAUAAAAAGAAUAAUAAGAAUUAGAAAAAAUUAGAUUAGAAAAAGAAGAAUAGUUAAGAAUUUAAAAAGAAAAAGAUGAAAAUGAGAAAUAAGAAAAACUUAAAAAAGAAAUGGAAAAAAUUAGAAAAGAAAAAGAAGAAUAAGAAAAAAAAAGAAGAUAAAAAGAAGAAUAAGAAAAAUUAUAAAGAGAAAAAGAAGAACAAGAAAGACUUAAAAGAGAAAAAGAAGAAAAAGAAAGACUUAAAAGACAAAAAAGGGAAGAGCAAGAAAGACUUAAAAGAGAAAAAGAAGAAUAAGAAAGACUUGAAAGAGAAAAAAGGGAAGAACAAGAAAUGCUUAAUAGAGAAAAAGAAGAAUAAGAAAGACUUAAAAGAGAAAAAAGGGAAGAACAAGAAAGGCUUAAUAGAGAAAAAGAAGAAUAGGAAAGAUUUAAAAGAGAAAAAGAAGAAAAUGAAAGAAUAAAAAAAGAAGAAUAAUAGAGAAUAAAAAAGAAAAAGAAGAACAAGAAAAAAUAAGAAAAGAAAAUGAAUUAUAAAAAAUAUUUUAAAAAGAAAAAUAAGAAUAUUAAAAAUUAAUAGAAGAAUAAGAAAAAUAAAAAUAAAAAGAAAGAAAUAAAGAACAAUAAGAAUAGUAUAAUUUAUAAGAAGAAAUUGAAAAUUAAGAAGUAGAAGAAUAUUUUAAUUAGAAAGAAAAUUACAUAAAUUAAGAAUAAGAUAUUUAAGAAAUUAGUGAAGAUGUAGAAAAUGAAAAAAAUCAAUUUAAAAAUGAACCUAUAUAAUCUAAUAAAAAUCAAAAACAUUAAUAAGAUAGUCAAAAAACAGAAAAUAGAGUUAAAAAUGAAAUCUAUUAAUCUAAUUAAAGUUUAAAAAAUAUAUAUGAAAAUGAAUAAAUAGAGAAUACAGUUAAAAAUAAUGAAACCAUUUAAUAAAAUAAUAGUGAAAACAAUCUCGAAGAAAAUGAAAAAACAGAAAAUAAAAUUAAAAAUGAAAUAAUAUAAUCUAGUAAAAAUCAAAAAAAUUAAGAAGAAAAUGAAUAAACAGAAAAUUUAUUUAUAAAUGAAACAAUUUAAUAUAAGGAAAGUAAAAAUAUAAAAAAUUAUGAAGAAAAUAUCAAAUAAAAUAAAAAAAACUAAUCAAGUUAUUUUUUUUUUAUUUAUAAAUAAAAUAUAAAUAUUCAAUUUUUAUAUAAAAAGAAUUCUCAUAAUAUUAAAAUAAUAUAAAUAAAUAUAACGAUGA